CUUUUUAUUUAAUAUUUUUGAAAAUGGAUAGAGAGAUGUAUAAAGACCAAACAGGAUUUUCAUGGCAUGAUCCAGUUUGGCUCCAACAAAACCCUCUGACAGAAGAUACCUGAAUUAGCUAUUUCCAUGGAAGUAUAUUCUAUGAUAAUGACAAAGACCUUGUCUAUAAGGCAACUAAGAUUAAUCCAAAUGCAGAUGAUCAAGGAUUCCGAGUGACUAAAAGCGUCAAAGAAUAUAAUAAUACUCUGAAAUGAGUUAGCAUGUAUUUCAUCAUUGAUGGGAUUAUAUUCCAAGCAGCUUCAUUAAGAGCAGUACUUGAGGAAAGGCUAGAAAGAGCCAGUUUUUGACUGAAAAACGCAAUACAAAGCAUCCUUAAGAACGGUAACCAUUCCUUGAAAGAAAAAGUUCCAUGGGGAGGUGAAAACCAAGAUGAUGAUGUUGAUUAUGACUUUUUGUUUGAGGAAAGCAAACCAAAAAGGGUUGAAAAGAUAUUAACCUCAGCAUUAAACGAACUAGAUGACCUCUAAUAAUUUUCAAUCUAAUCGCAAAUUAA